AUGUCUUCUCACAUCCACGCAGCUGCCGAGGCGUGGGCGGAGGUGUCGUGUCUGGGACCACAUGUGGUCCCCAAGCUGCGGGUCAUGGCCCUGGCCCAGGGCUGGCACCUCAACGUCGUCUAUGGGCCCGUCGCCGACGCCCGCGAUGACGCGACGUUUUGCGUUACUGCUCGUGACGUCACAGACGUCGCUGAGGCUGUUCUUGCGGGCGUGUGCCGCACCAGCGUCGUGAUACCACUAGUGUUAUGGCACGGACAGCUGGACAGUCCAGUCCUGCCGUCCAGCAUCACUAGGACCUGUCAUGCCCAGUUGCUGGACCACCUUGUCAGUGACCAGCACAAAGACCUGCUGGACAAGUGGUACCGACCUGACCAUCCUGAUGGCGAUGACUUCUUCCUGGUACCUGCAGCGAUCAACUACCCUGACAUGCACAGCGCUGACGCUGGAGAGCGUGACGCAGCUCGACGUCAGCUCGCUGAUGACAGUCAAACGCUGAUCACGGCGCUGACUGAGCACUGUCAGCAGCUGGUGCUGCC